AUGGAAUCUCAGAUCGAGAAUGCCAUCGAGAUUGCAUGGAAUCCUACCUCCGACCAAGCCCUAAAAAGUCAAGCUUUUGAUUACCUAAAUCAGUUGCGUGCCGAUCCACAAGCAUGGCAAGUUUGUGUCGGCCUCUUCACUAGAACCCCGAGGCCGUCUGAGGUCGUCCGACUUGUCAGCCUCGAAAUAGUCAACAAUGCCAUCCUCGUGCAGUCGCUCGACACUGGGAGCUUACUCGGCCUUAGAGAUGCCCUCCUAGGAUACGUGCGAUCCACCUAUGGCACCAGCCAGCCUUCCCAGACAGACUCUUCUAGCUUACAGAACAAACUCACUCAAACUCUUACCCUACUCUUCGUCUCCCUCUAUAAACAGGGCUGGGAGACCUUCAUCGAUGACUUCUUAGCUCUGACAAUUCUCCCAGGGAGUGGCCAACGCGACAAUGUCGCCGGUGUUAUUCUCUACCUGCGCAUCCUUGGCUCCAUCCACGACGAGAUUGCCGAUGUCCUCCUCGUGCGCCAGGACAACCAGGCUCGCGGCCAUACCGAGUUGAAAGAUCUGCUGCGGGCACGCGAUGUCGGGAAGGUAGCCCAGUCGUGGCAGGAUCUUCUUGCCCAGUACGGCAAUCAGAACGACGGCAUUGUUGAGAUGACCCUGAAGGUUAUUGGUAAAUGGGCUGGCUGGAUUGACAUAUCUCUUAUUAUCAAUGAUGGUAUGCUGAGCUUGAUCCUCCCGCUAGUCGGCCGCUCCAACGAGUCCGGCGGUGAGGACAAGGUCCGUGAUGCCGCCGUCGAGGCCUUUACCGAAAUCGUCGGCAAGAAGAUGCGUCCAGCUGACAAGACGGAGAUGAUUUCGUUUCUCAACCUACAAAACAUCAUAUCCCAACUCAUCGCCAGCCCUCCCUUGAACGAAUUCAAAGGAACCCCUCAAUAUGACACCGAUCUAGCUGAGGCUGUCGCCAAAUUAGUCAACACUGUUAUGGCCGAUAUAGUCCGAGUUUUAGAAGACCGGUCGACUGACGAUACCACUAGAGCUAAAUCGAACCAGCUACUCCACGAUUUCAUACCUCUUCUAUUGCGAUUUUUCUCCGACGAAUAUGACGAGAUCUGUUCUACUGUUAUACCCUCCUUGACUGACGUCUUGGCCUAUUUCCGCAAGCUCUCCGAACUCCCCGCUUCCUUUUCCGAGACGCUGCCGCCGAUCUUGAACGCUAUUAUUAUGAAGAUGCGCUAUGACGAGACCUCCUCUUGGGGAAGCGAGGACGAGCAGACGGACGAGGCAGAGUUCCAGGAGCUGAGAAAGAGACUCCAGGUGCUCCAGAAGACCGUGGCGGUGGUAGAUCAGAAUCUCUACGUCGAUGUCCUGUCGAAUCUCGUUGCGAAUACUUUCCAAACCCUAGACGAGCAAGGUUCUCAAAUGGAUUGGAGAGACGUCGACCUGGCUCUACAUGAGAUGUUUCUGUUUGGAGAGCUUGCGAUGCCUAAUCAGGGGUUAGGGGCCAAAAACCAGGCCUCACCAGUUGCAUCCGAGAGACUCGUGGCGAUGAUGACCAAGAUGGUACAAUCCGGAAUCGCAAAUUUCCCACACCCGGCGAUCCUAUUGCACUACAUGGAAAUCUGCGUCCGUUACUGUGCCUUUUUCGAGAGUCAAAGUGCUUUGAUAGGUCAAGUUCUCGAGAACUUUGUGCGCCUUGUCCACCACGAACACGUCAGGAUCCGUACACGUUCAUGGUACCUAUUUCAUCGCUUCGUGAAGCAUCUAAGAGCACAAGUAGGCAACGUAGCCGAGACUGUCAUCCAAUCGAUCGGGGAUCUCCUGCCCAUCCACGCGGAAGUACCGGGGGAAGAUGCUGACGACGACAUGUCUUCCGAUCAGACGGACAAUUCAGCAGAUGCUGUUUUCGCUAGCCAGCUUUACCUAUUUGAAGCCAUCGGUUGCAUUUCUUCCACGGCUUCUACCCCCAUCGAAAAGCAAGCACUAUAUGCCCGCUCUGUUAUGGACCCUUUAUUCGCCGACAUGGAGCAGCACCUCCCUAGGGCCAGGGCCGGAGAUGCUCAAGCCAUCCUUCAGAUCCACCACAUCAUCAUGGCUCUGGGCACGUUGGCGCACGGUUUUUCAGACUGGACACCUGGUGCGAAUUCUGCGAAUCAGCGACCACCUCCGGCAAAAGCGCUGUCUGACGAGUUUGCCCGGGCCGCUGAAGCUAUCUUGAUUGCGCUUAGCGAACUUAACAGCUCGUCCGAAAUUCGCACUGCUUGCAGAUCGGCCUUCUCGCGCCUGCUUGGUGUGUUGGGGUCUGCUGUACUCCCACAGCUCCCUCAAUGGAUUGACGGACUCUUGUCUAGAAGUUCGUCGAAGGAUGAAAUGGCCAUGUUCCUCCGCCUACUCGACCAAGUCGUUUACGGCUUUAAGACGGAAAUCUACGAUGUCCUCAAUCAGUUACUAACACCUCUAUUGCAAAGAGUAUUCGGCGGCCUUUCGGAGCCAAUCAACGGUACUGACGACGAGAUCCAACUGGCAGAGCUCCGUCGUGAAUAUUUGACGUUCGUCGUUGUCAUCAUAAACAACGAUCUUGCGGGAGUCCUGGUGUCAGAAGCAAACCAGGGCUUUUUCGAAUCGCUCAUUAACUCCAUUCUCGCGCUUGCUACAGAUAUCGGACCCAGUUCAGGGAAUCUCCCGGCCAGCCGUCUAUCGUUUGGGUUGCUUGCGAAGAUGGCCGGUGUCUGGGGCGGUCCGGAUGUGGCCAACAUAUCGGCAACUCCGUCGGCCCCUUCCGGAUCCCCUUCGCCUGUCAUCCCCGGGUUUGACCAAUUCCUUAUCGACAGAUUUCAUUCCGUAUGCUGGGAUGUCCUGCGCGAUCCGCAGUUCAACCCGUCUUCGGAUGCCCAGGCUAGGCAAGUCCUCCACGAGAUCGCUGGGCUGGAGCAAGCUAUAUACCUCAAGACGGGGGAAAAGUUCCUACAACAUCUUCAGUCCACUCUCUUCCCCGGCCUCGGCACCGAUGGAAAUGAAUUUCUGCGGGCAAUGACUACGGCUACGGCCAAGAAGUCGUUCUCGGAAUACCUACAGGGUCUGUUGAGUAAUUCGAGAUAA